AUGGUUCUAACAGACAUAACCCGAGCCGAUUUUCAACCCGACGAGCUCGACCCGACGGCAGAUCCUUUCGCCAUGCUACUCGCCAUGGUGGGACGAGAAUCGGAGAGAAUCGCCGCCGCGGAGAUCUCCGAAGAAUCCCUUCGCGGCGGCUCCUCCAGAAGAAAAACCCUCAGCCAGACUCUCCCUCCGGCUGAGGGUUUAACCAACAUGAUCCAAAAUCUCUCUCUCCGGCGCGGCAUUGCGCCGCCGCCGCCGCCGAGACUGGUGAUACAGAAGCUGUUGUUCGCCACCGACUUGAGCCCCCAGCACAACCGGCUCUCGAUACCGAUCUCCCAAAUCAACGACAAUUUCCUCAUGGAGGCGGAGAAGCAUCGCCUCCGCGGCGAGAACAAGCGGUCGAACUACCUGGAGGUUAAGAUCAUGGCGUCGGAGACUUCGUGGGAAACGGUGAAGCUCUCCCGGUGGGAUAUGCGGAAGGGGAGAGGCCGGAAAACGUCGUCGAUUUAUGUCAUUAAUGGUAAGUGGAAUGCUUUUGUGAAAAAGAAUAAUCUCACUGUGGGGAUGGUUGUGCAGUUGUGGUUUUUCCGGCUUCGGGAGGAGCUGUGCUUCGCGGUCGUGCAGCUGCCCGAUUCGCCCGCCUGA